AUGGCGAGCUGGUGGACGUCUGCAGACAGCCUGGAGCUGGAGGAAAACUCCAUAGUGUCUCGGCUCAUUCAGGCAGUCGGCCUGUUUGGAGAUAUUCUGUCUUUAGAGGACACGAUGCUGUCUGAAGACAACAGAGAGGAGGACAACACUGACGGGACUGCUUCAGGGGAGGAGGAGGGUGCUCGACAAGCAGGAGACAGAACGGUAGAGGAUGAAGUGACGAUGGAGGAAGACAGAGAGGAGAAGCAGAAGGAUGGAGGAGAGCAACAGGUUGAAGACCGGAAAGAUACAAAUGAGAGCAAAGAGGAAGAAUAUUUUCAACGAGGAGAAAAAGAGAAAGAAGACGAUAAAGGUGCCAAAGAUGAUGGAAAUGUUGAAGUAGAGAAAGAAAAGCAGGUAGAAGUAAGAGAAGAGGAGGAUGAAGGGACAGAAAAGGUGGGGGAGGAAGAGGGGGAAGAAAAAGAGGUACGUGGAGGAGGUGUAGAGCAAGAUAUUAAGACUGAAAAGAAGAAGGAAGGAGAGGUUUGUGAGAGAGAAAACAAAGAUGAAACGGCAGAAAUGACGGAGAAAGUAAAGGAGGUAGAGGACGAGAAAGGGGAGGACAAUGUAGAGAAGCAAGAAGAAAAGAUAGAUGGAAGAGGGGAAGAGCAGGUGUUAGAAAAAGAGGUAGAGGACGAGCACAAAGAGGCAAAAAUAGAAAAAGAAAAUGUGGAGGAAAAGGAUGAAGCAAAGACUCAAAGAGAGCAAGAGGAAGAACAAAGGGAGAAGGAGGUAGAUGAAGAGACAGAAAGACUGGAUGAAGAAGAGGAUAGAGAACACAGAAACGUAGUGGGAGAAGAAGAAAAUGAACUUAUAAAAGACGGAGAAGAGAAAGAAAAGGAGGAAGAAAAGGUAGACGAAGAAGAGGAGCAAGCAAAAGAAAAAGAAGAUAAGAAGGUUACAGAGGAGGGAAGAGAGGAUUACCGAACAGAGAAAGAAGAGGUAAAGGAUAAAAGAAAAGAACAAAGGGAGAUAAAGAAAGGAGAGGAGUAUGAGGAAGCAAAAGAUGGAGAGAAAAAGUUAAGGAUGAAGGAAGAAGAAAAGUUGGUUAUGGAGGAUGGAAGAGCAGAAAAGGAGAGGGAGAGUCAUGAUGAAGACAAGGUUGAAGAACAGAGGGAGGAAGAGAUGGAGGAAAAAGAAGUAAAGGAGAUAAAAGGACAUGAAGGACAAGAUGUUGGAAAAGAAGAAGAGAUGGAGGAUACAGGAGAAAAGGAGGUAGAGAAAGAAGAAGAGAUGGAGGAUACAGGAGAAAAGGAGGUAGAGAAAGAAGAAGAGGUGGAGGAUACAGGAGAAAAGGAGGUAGAGAAAGAAGAGAUGGAGGAUACAGGAGAAAAGGAUGUAGAGAAAGAAGAGAUGGAGGAUACAGGAGAAAAGGAGGUAGAGAAAGAAGAAGAGAUGGAGGAUACAGGAGAAAAGGAGGUAGAGAAAGAAGAAGAGGUGGAGGAUGGAGGGAUACAGGAAAGAAAAUGGAGAUACAGGAGGGAAGAAAAGAAGAUGGAGGAUACAGGAGAAAAGGAGGUAGAGAAAGAAGAAGAGAUGGAGGAUACAGGAGAAAAGGAGGUAGAGAAAGAAGAAGAGAUGGAGGAUACAGGAGAAAAGGAGAUAGAGGAAGAAAAAGAGAUGGAGGAUACAGGAGAAAAGGAGAUAGAGAAAGAAGAAGAGAUGGAGGAUAAAGGAGAAAAGGAGGUAGAGAAAGAAGAAGAGAUGGAGGAUACAGGAGAAAAGGAGGUAGAGAAAGAAAAAGAACAGGUUGAUGGAAAAGAAGAAAUGGAAGGAUAA